AUGGUUAGUUUAGUGGGCCAGGCUGUGGUGUGUUUGCUGGCUGCAAUGGUGGCAUCUUGUGAGGAUCUGCAGCAUGAAGAGAAUUGCAAUUUGACCGGUGUGUGGGUAAAUACUCUUGGAUCGGUUCUUACCCUGUCGGUGGAGGGUCCCAAGUUGAGUGGUUCCUUUAAAUCAUCUGUGGAGACCUCUUUGGGAGCAGCAGGAGAAGAAAUGAUUGGGAAGGUGGUGGGCGUUGUUGGAGAAGGUGUGCAACCAGUUUUUGCAAUGUCUGUGAGCUGGAGUGGAGGUUCAGUAAGUACUUGGGCUGGCCAGUGUUUCCAGGGAUUACACCAUUCUAUUCUAAAGACAACAUGGCUCCUAAGGUCAAAAGUUGGCACGGAAGACAAAAACUGGAAAGCAACAAGGAUUGGAGAAGACACAUUUCACCCCCAGAAACCACAUAGCUCGGACUGAGAUGAUGACUAUGAUAAAUAAACUUUUGGCCUGUGUAGUAUUUAUAGUGUGUUUU